AUGCCCAGUUCAACGUCCUCUUUGGUUCUGCAAGCAACUCGAGGUCCCAAUGGAUAUUUUCCGUCUCCAUAUAGCGCCGAUCCUCUCUUGGGGGACCUGAGAACUAUCCUUCUACCAGUUGCAAUUAUGGCCUUGGUAUCCUUUUUAAGCACUCUUAGUUUAAGCUGUUUCAUUACUUACCACAUGGUUUCCUGGCGGAAGUACUAUUGCACUUAUCCUGGUUAUAAUCAGUAUCUUGUCUUAAUCUUUAACCUUAUUCUUGCCGAUUGUCAGCAGUCAAUGGCCUUUCUUAUUAGUUUCCAUUGGAUUGCGAAGAAUGGUAUUCUGGCUCCAACCACAGCUUGCUUUAUUCAAGGAUGGCUUGUUCAGGUUGGCGACAUUUCCAGUGGUAUUUGGGUCUUAUCUAUUGCGAUUCAUACCUGGUUUUCGGUCGUAAAAGGACAUCAAAUAGAAUAUAUCCGCUUUUGUUAUUGCCUUAUUGGAAUCUGGGUUUUCGUUUUACUCCUUGCAAUUAUUGGACCUAUCUCGCAUCCAAAAACUUACUUUGUAAACACUGGUGCCUGGUGCUGGAUAAACCAAGAUUACGCUAACUAUCGUCUUGGCCUCCACUAUUUCUGGAUUCUCCUCUCGCAGUUCGGUAGCGUAGUAAUAUACGCAUAUAUUUUCUGCCUCCUGCGCUACCAUAUAAAGCAGGCACUUCCUGCCUCUCGACUUGCGAGCUCCGAAAAGAUUAGCCGCGCUGCACGAUUUAUGGUCCUUUACCCUACUGCCUAUAUUGCCUUAUCGCUGCCCCUUCCGGCGGGACGCCUGGCCCUCUGGAGCGGUGCAAAAGUCCCCCUGACAUUUUACUGUAUCGGAGCAACGCUAAUGACCUCUUGCGGUUUUGUCGAUGCCGUCCUGUAUACCCUCACACGGCGCAUAUUAAUCAGGGAAAUGGGCAAUGCGGCGCCGAGCAUGGUAGACAGAACCGCUAUUACGCGUACGGUUGCGGUGGGAGAUAAUGGGGUCGCGAUAACCCUUGGAAAGAGGGCCAGGAAGGCGCAAGGGACGGAUCUGUCAGAUAGUACUGAGGAUAUCUGGAGUAUUGAGAAAGCAGUGUCGUUUGACGAUAGGAGCGACGUCGUGCAUCAGGAGAGAGCAUCGGCCUCGUCGUCGGGAGAGGAAGAUAGAUAGUCGGUAUUGUCUCCAC